CCGUUUCAGCUAGGGAGAUUUCAAUGACUCGUAAUGAACAACAGUUUGAACAACGACCACAUCGACCUAAAAGGGCGUUAUCAAAAAUCAGUGACGACAAUAUCUUAGGAAUCUCUUGGAAAGAAGAACAGGAAUUACGCAAAGCCAUGUAUGUUUCUCUUAGAGAUCAACAACAAACGAAUUCGGAUUCCAGUGCUUGCAAUCACCUCAUGACAUUACGUUUCCAGCUAGUAAAACGACCGCAUAUGUCAACACAUACUGAUACGAAAAUGAGUUUAUCGAAGCCACGAUCAACCAUUCAGUUUAAGCAUGCUAGAAAACAAAGUCGCUCAAAAGUUGUCUCUGCAAAUACCACCUUUUCAAAAACUAGUGACGCUUCUGAGCGAUCUCAAAACAAAGAAGUAUUAAAAUGUGAUUCAAACAAUAAUAAAAAAAAUGUUAAAUCAACGUAUGAAGAUCACAAAUCUUAUCUUGUAAAUCCUUCACAAAAUACUAGUCAUAUUUGCUUACGAAAUUUAUACCAUAGAAGAAACAUAAUUGAUAAGUUCAAUGUUAGUAAUCAGUUGGUUGAUAACGAUGCUAACAAGCAAACUUUAUCUAAUUCCGCUGAAACAUUUGAAACAAACAGUCUAUCAUCGAAUCCUAUUCCAUCUAACUAUAGUCGACGUCCUACUUUGAUGAAGGCUUCAAAUUAUUUGAAAUCAAGUCCAACUAAUACGAACAGUACUCCACGAAAAUCUGUUGUUAGAAAAACACCUUACUCGUCUAUUUUAAGAAAUGGUUCUCUCCGAUCGGAGAACGUUCAUACAUAUGCUUCAUGCAGGUCUCCGAAGAAAUUGGUGCACAGUUUAAAACGAUCGAAACUAUUAAUAAGUUCGGUCAGUCGAAUGUUAUCUGUAAAAGAACUUGAUAACACUUUUAAAUGUUCCUCAAAUCUUGAUUGUGAAAGUGAUUCCCAGUUGAUUUCAAAAUCCUCAUGUGAAUCGAUUCCUUCUGAACUUUGGCGAAAUGAUAUUGGUGAACUUGCUUCGGUGCAUGAUUUUAUUAACUUUGUAUGCUUUCAUGUUUAUUAAUUUCUGUCAAAUAAAAGAUUGCCCAACGACUGGAGAUCCUAAUACAGAAAGGUCCGUUUACCCGUACAGUAUCCGCAGUCGACCUAUGCCGCGUACGUUAAGAGGUAAUUUAGGAUCAUCUAACUCCCAUCCUAAUAAUAAAAUGCUUCCCAAAAACUCUGACAUUUCAACUCAGCGCAAAAGUUACGCUUCUGUCAACUUACCCCACAUAAUUACAAACUGUCAACCUGCAAAAUCCUCACCCGUCACAAGGUCAACUACUUUAUGCGUGGCCAAAAAGCUUGCGUCUAUCCAACCAUCUCCGAACGUAUAUUCUUCAAAUUCACCAGUUUCUUCACCUUCAAAAAUGGCUAUAUCUGAUAACUGAUUUUCGUCUGACAAGUACAAGCUUUGUGUCGAGGAAAAUGAGCCAUUCGACCCAACUCUGUUAUUUUCACCUGCAUCAUUUCAAACAAGUAAGCUUAAGGUUAUGAAUCAUUAAGCACAAUAAAUUUUAUUCAUUGUCAAUAGUUGUCUCUUUAUUUCUAAUCCAACGUUGGCAUGCAUUCUCAAUUUGCUCAAACUCUUGAUGGAAUUCAUAAUAAUGCAGUGAAAUGCAUUUACUUUAUUAAUUUUUAUUAAUUCUUGUACUAUGUUAAUCACAUUUUCUCUUUAAAAUAUGAAACAAUGACAAUAAAUUAAGUGAUAAAGCUUCA